AUGCUCAAAUUCCAAUUCAUCAAAUUCUCCCCUUUUUUUCCUUCAAAACCCUCGUCUUUCCCUUUUUCUUUAAGACUCAAAUCACAAAUGGCUUCUUACUCCUCUUCUUCAUCUAAGCUUUUGUUUCGUCAGCUUUUUGAAAAGGAAUCAUCUACUUACACUUACCUUCUUGCUGAUGCAUCACAUGCUGAUAAACCAGCACUUUUGAUUGAUCCUGUUGAUAGAACAGUGGAUAGAGACUUAUCACUCAUUCAAGAAUUGGGUUUGAAGCUUGUGUAUGCUUUGAACACACAUGUACAUGCUGAUCAUGUUACUGGGACUGGCCUCAUCAAGAGCAAAGUUCCUGGUGUAAAAUCUGUUAUCUCAAAAGCAAGUGGUGCAACCGCAGAUGUUUAUGUACAACAGGGUGAUAAAAUCCAUUUUGGCGAUCUUUAUCUAGAGGUUCGGGCAACUCCCGGUCAUACCUUAGGUUGCCUUACCUAUGUUACAGGAGACGGACCUGAUCAACCUCAACCUAGAGCGGCGUUCACAGGAGAUACCCUAUUGAUACGCGGAUGUGGAAGGACCGACUUUCAGGGUGGUAGUUCGGAGAAUCUUUACAAAUCAGUCCAUUCACAGAUUUUUACACUGCCGAAAGAUACCUUACUCUAUCCGGCUCAUGACUACAAAGGAUUCUCUGUAAGCACGGUCGGAGAGGAAAUACAGUAUAAUCCGCGCCUAACAAAGGAUGAGGAAACUUUCAAGAACAUCAUGGCAAAUCUUAACUUGUCAUAUCCCAAAAUGAUUGACGUGGCUGUUCCGGCUAAUAUGGUUUGUGGAAUCCAAUCCAAAACAAGCUGA